AUGACGACAAAGAGCUCCACUGUCAUUCUGAUAACAGGUGCGAAUACAGGUAUAGGCUAUGCUACGGCCCAGGCACUCCUCACCUCACCAAGCCCAUCGCCAAGUAAUUCAAUGACUAUCAUCAUCACUUCCCGUACUCUUGACAAGGCGGUGCAAGCAUCACGGGAUUUACAAACAAAUCAAGCUCUCUCAGAGGCUUUCGAGUCGGGAUGUAGAGUUGUACCCAGGCAGCUGGACAUCGAUGAUGAAGAGAGUGUGAAAGCAUUACAUAAGGAAGUCGCGGAGAAAUAUGGGAAAUUAGAUGUGUUGGUCAACAAUGCCGGUGCACAUUACGAUUUCCAAGUGGCGUCCGGCAAGAUGUCCACCCGCGAUGCGUUCCUCAAAUCAUUCACUACCAACGUCGUAUCGACCCAUUUAUUCACCGAGACAUUCGUCGACCUACUACUUGCUUCUUCCACACCUCGAUUGCUCUUCCUAUCUAGUGGGAUCUCAUCCUUGGGUGACCAUUCCAACCCACAUGUCCCUGUUAAUUUCUCACCUCCAGCCGGAUGGCCUAAACAACCGAUAUUCCAAGUCCCUACCUAUCGGACGAGCAAGACAGCGAUGAACAUGAUGAUUCUGGAAUGGUGCAGGACACUAAAGAAUGAUACUGUCAAGAUACAUAUACUUGACCCAGGGUUUUUGAGUACUACCCUCGGUGGAGCUCAACCUGAAGUGUUGAAAGAGAAAGGAGCGAAGGAUCCGAUUGAAGGUGGAAAAUUUAUAAGGAGUGUGAUCGAAGGUAAGAGAGAUGAUGAUCAGGGGAAGUUGAUUGGGGUAGAUGGUAUUGUACCUUGGUAG